AUGGGAAGUGUAACCAGAAGUUUCAAGCACAUUAGAAAUGAUGUGAAGAUUGAGCAAAAAGUGUUCCUAGUGGAGGUUGAUAAAGAAUCAAGGGGGGAUAUAGUCAAGAUUAUAGAUAGAACAAGUUAUGCUACUUUCUCCAUUGCGAUUGGGAUGGGAGGUGUUUCUUGGCUUUGCAUUGUGGUUAAGGAGGUGCAUGCAUGGAGAAGUUCAGAGACAUUCUUCAGGAAGUUCAAUGACAACAUGAAUAAAAAGGGCUAUGAAGAGUCUACUGGUGGUGAUUAUAGCUCACAUGAAAGCUCACAAAGGGCUAAUUUGGUUUCGGAAGACACUCAAAAGGGAGCAGAAUCAAACUAUCGAUUGGGUGGGCUAUUUGAAAUUACAAAGGAAGAGAAAGCGACUACAAACGGAGGGGUAAUUGAUCAAUGUGAGAAUUCUAAUUUUGAAGCAUGUCAACAUGUAAGUCUUCCUACAUUGUUAUCCAAUGUUCUUCCUUCUAAACACUUAUAUCGUUCUUCUGGGGAAUUGGGAGCUGAGAUUAGAAGGGGGUGUGAGAGCUUUGAUUCUGGUUUCCCUUCAUUUGCGAGGGAGAGUGUUCCUAGUCUAAGGAAUGAGGAGGGGAAGUCUUCAUCUCUCUCUGUUGGUAGUUCUAAGGGGUUGGGGAAACUUAUCAAUUCAAGCUUGUUAGUGGAACAGAAGGAGUGUAAUCUAUUGAUAUGUAAUGGGAACAAAGGUGCUACGGGGAGUUAG